AUGACUAAUCUUUUUAGAUUAUUGGUUCUUUCUUUUUCUUCAUCAUUAUACUUAUCAAGUCUUUUAUUCGUUUUUACGAUACUCUUUUUCAACUCAUCUAAAACGAUUCUGUUUUUAUUGGAUUCUUCUUUAAAUUCUCUUAAAAAAACUCUUUCCCAACUUUCUGUUUGGUUCAGAUUAUGGCAAAAAUAUUCAACAUCUUUAAUGACAUUUUCAAUAUCAGUUAAGAUGAUUUUAAUUGAGCAACAUCGGGCGACAUUUUUGGCUUCUUCUGUAUAUCCGUCUAAUUUUGCCACUACAAAAACACCAAAUGGCAUUAUAGGAAGCCUGAAAUAUGUAUAA